AUGAGUCAUAGCUCGUCCCACAGGACUGAGUGGGCUGGCGAAGUGGAGGAGGAUGGCAGCUUCCAGCUAAACACAGACCAUGCGGCUGCUCUGAGUUGGAGGCUGUGCUUGGAGCCGUUUAACCCCCCCCCCCCCCCCCCCCUUCCCGUCCAACUGACUACAACGCCGUGGCUGACCCCUGUACAGUGCCGUAGUAUCGUCCCUCUUCCUCUGGCUCGUGGUUCCCAUAAAGAGUCACAUCACCAAGGAUCCUGGUCUGAUACCACCCACAGCCACUCCUGGGGCCCCCGCCCAACCCCCUCCCCAUUUCCCACCCUCUCCCCCUCCCCUAAGAAGAUGUCAGUGACCCUGACAGACAUUCAGCAGGAGGGAGAGAGCGGGCCACUCAUUGAGCCCUGUAGUCGAGGCAAGGUCUCCCCUCAACCACAGGGCCCCAAAGACCUGACCGGAGAGAUCCAGGAGCCUGAGGACACCGCUCCCCAGGAUGCACUGAAACGGGCUCCAAACCACAGCCAUGGAAGGAAAAGGGCCAAAUCUAAUGCCAAAGUGAAACUGGUACGAAGCCUUGCAGUCUGUGAGGAAUCCUCUGGUCCGUUCUCUGAUGGACCUCCAGAAUCGGAUAUCAUUCAGUUGCACAUCAGCUGUCCUUCAGACAAAGAGGAAGAAAAGUCAUCAAAGGAUGAAUUUGAAAAUGAAGAAAAGGAGAAGAAGGAUAAAGCUCCUCGGAAGAUGUUAUCACGUGAUUCCAGUCAGGAAUACACCGACUCCACAGGCAUUGAUGUUCAUGAGUUUCUGGUCAACACACUGAAAAACAAUCCCAGGGAUCGAAUGAUGCUGCUCAAGUUAGAACAAGAUAUCCUGGAGUUUAUUAAUGACGACAAUAACCAGUACAAGAAGUUUCCUCAGAUGACUUCAUAUCACCGCAUGUUGCUGCACCGAGUGGCUGCUUAUUUUGGUAUGGAUCAUAAUGUGGAUCAAACAGGAAAAGCCGUCAUCAUCAAUAAGACCAGCAACACAAGAAUCCCUGAACAGAGAUUUUCUGAACACAUAAAGGAUGAACGCAAUAUGGAUUUCCAAAAAAAAUUUAUUCUUAAAAGAGACGAUGCCAGCAUGGACAAAGAUGAUAAUCAGAUUCGCGUGCCACUGCAGGACGGGCGGCGAAGCAAAUCUAUUGAGGAGAGAGAAGAGGAGUAUCAGCGGGUACGAGACCGGAUCUUUGCCCGAGAAGUUUCCUUCUUUUUGCAGUCUUCUCAAAAUGGAUACAUAAAUGACAACAGACUCUCCACAGAGGGCUACUGCUCUAGCUCUCAAAAGAGGAGGCAGAUCUUUAGGGGAAACCGGGAGAGCUCGAGUCGGGCCUCCAGCAGUCGUCAGAGCAGCACAGACAGCGACAUGAAGUGCCUGGAGCCGCGGCCGUGGAGCAGCACCGACUCGGACAGCUCAAACCGCACGCUCCGGCCGCCCGUCACCAAAGCCAGCAGCUUCUCGGGCAUCUCUAUCCUGACCAGAGGGGACAGUCUGGGGAGUAACAAGAGCUCUCAAGGCAGCUGUAAAGGCUCCAGAUCUGUCUCCCAGUCGAGUCGUAGCUUGCUGCCCUGCCCGCCCCAGCCCCCGCAGCCACAGCCGCCCCAGACUGCCCUACUGCCCACCCCUCAGCAGCACCCGCUGGGCAACCACAUGCUUGCGCAGGCCACUCUGCAACCCUCUCAGCCCGUGUCCUUCUCCAGUCCUUCCUGCCCCCAGGUUCUCCUGCCAGUCUCUCCUCCCCAGCAGUACACAAUGGGCGAUGAGCUGGCGCCUCAGUUCACUCAGAUGACGUUGAGUCGACAGGGGUCCAGUGAGAACCCGGAGCCUCCACAGAUUUUCCAGGCCCCCUCCACAGUGCUCACCCAGCACCCCCCUCCCCAGACUGGGUACAUUAUGGCCACAACGGGUCAGCCUUUACCACCUCCAUCUGGGUAUCAACCUGCCACAGGACACCCCCACCCUCCCCCUCCACCGCCUCCUCCGUCGCAGCCAGUCAUUCAAGCUCCGCCCCCUCCACAGAGCUACCUGCCACCCCCCCCGCCUCAGCAGAUCCAGGUGUCGUAUUUCCCCCCGGGGCAGUACCCCAGCUCAGGGCAGCAGUACAGAGUGGCACAGCCCAUGACGCACCAGGUGUCCUACCCCGCACAGCGCCCUCAGCCCAUGCCUCAGCCCACGCAGCCGUCAGGUCUCCAGUCAAUGAUGCCCAGCCAGCAGCCAAGCUACCAGAGUAUUAUCGGGGUCCAGCAGCCUCAAAACACAGCCCUGCUAAACUCUCAGCUAAACUCCCAGCGUCCCCCCAUGCAGAGUAUUAUGGUUCAGUAUCCACAGAUGCCCUCAUACACGGUCCCUGUGGCGAAUGAGAGCCAGCCGGUAGUGCAGCAGCAGUACCAGCAGCAGGUGAUGGUGCCUGUCAGCCAGUCUGUCCAAGGCCCACUGCCUGUUUACUACAGUGUUAUUACCCCCACGCAACAGAACAGCACAAGUCCAUCUGUGAGCUACCUGCAGCCCCCGAGCUCAGAACAGUAUCAGAUCACUCAGUCGCCCUCUCCAUGUAAUCCUCAACAGUUGCAGCAGCAAUAUUCAGGAGUUCCACCUCCUGCUUCUGGGGUAAUGGUUAUGCAGCUCAGUGUCCCAAAUGGGCCCCAGCCGUCCCAGAAUCCUCCUUUGGUUCAGUGGAAUCCCUGUAAAUAUUACAGCAUAGAGCAACGGCCCAACAAGCCAGUAGAGCUUUACAAACCUGACAACACUCCACAGGUCACUUCACAGCUGACCAGUCCCUUGGCGUCUCCCACACAGUCACCAACCCCGUCUCCAUCUGGCAGCGUCUGCGCUGGUCUGGGACCACUCCCUCUUCUCUCCCAGUUUCCCCGUCCUGGUGGAUCCACUCAAGGUGAUGGGCGUUACUCCUUGUUGGGACAGCCUCUUCAGUAUAGUCUAUGUCCUCCUCAUCUAAUGCAUGGCCAGUCGUCGUACAGCUCGCAUCAGGGCCAAGGAGUCAUGAAACACGGAGCAAGAGGGAAAAAGCAGACUCUUAAAUCUGCUUCGACAGACCUUGGCAACGAUGUGGUGUUAAGUCGAGUCUUGGAAGUGACGGACCUGCCAGAGGGUAUUUCACGUCCGGAGGCUGAAAAACUCUUUAACCAGCUGUCAAUGUGCGGUGCCAAGAUCCAGUGGCUAAAGGAGCCUCAGGGGGGUCGAGGGGGGCCUUCAGGAGCUGGACCUGGGGGGAUGCAGGUGGAUCUGAGCGACCCGGCUCACCUCUACACCGUAGUGGCUGUGUUUCCUAGCACCAUGGCCGCCCAGAGUGCUUCCUUCAAACUUAACAACAGUGGAGCCAGUCUGUUCAAACUGCGGGCCGCCAAAAAGAACUAUGAUCUGCGUGUGCUGGAGAGGGCCAGCUCUCAGUGA